UCGUCAACAUGAACGCCGGCGGUGGGAAGGUGCGGUACGGCGACGUUGACGUGUCUGCAUUGGGAGGCGGCGCGGCGCGGAGGAAGCAUCGGAACAGUGUUUUCUCAAGCUCAGAUGAAGACGAGUCGGUCGAGCGUUCAUCAUCCAUGCUGCAUCGAACAACGGGCUCUCUCGAUGCUGACUCGGGAGGAAAUCGAAGAGGGCUAUUCGACGCGGCGCAUGAAGACGAACAAGACCUCGAGAUGAAGAUCAAAGAGCGACAGAUGAAAAAGAAGGCACAUUGGGACACCCUACAAGCGAAACUCCAUGAAGCAAUGCAAGCCGUCGACGCACACAAGAACGACGUGGAGGUGUUGACGAUGCAGUUGGCAGCGGCACUGGCCAAAGUGGACAAGCGAAAUCGACAACUCCACAACGCCAAGUCCCUUGUGCAUUCCUUACAGAGCGACCUGGCUCUUCUUCAGGCACAGCUCGAGGAGGAAUCGACAGCGCGACGUCGAGACCGGGAGGCGUGGGAAGGAGAACGCACUGUGCUUUUGCGAGAAAUACAGUCGCUAAAAGCUGCCAAAGCGUCGGCAGCACCUCAACUGUCGCCAACAACGUUGCUGGGGAAAGUGUGGUCGCGGAAAGCCCCGACGAAAGACACGUUCGCAACCUCGCCUCCAGUCGUUCCCGUGGUAACCACACAACGCCCUGCCAUGUUCGCGGUGCCAGUGAUUCCGUCGGACGAAGAAGAGUCGUCCGAUAGCAUCCUGGGUCACAGCAGCGACAGCCAAGACGACUUGAGCGAGAACGACGUGUCGGUUGACGAAAGGGACGCGCCAGUUCCACUCUUCGAGGAAGAGGACGUGCCGGCAAACAUUCCCAUCGGAGUCUCGCGCAUGAACUUCUACAUGGAAGCCCGAAUGAAGAAGGAAGCCGAGAAGCGCGACAAAGAACUCCAGGAGAAGCUGGAGAAGUCAAAGCUGCAGGAGGAAUUCGACAACGAAUGGGCGGCGUUAGCGCGGGAGACGCAAGAGCUGAAAAGGGCCAAGAAGCUGAAAAAGCCCACCAAAGGCAACACAAGAAUGACUCGCCAACGACCAGCAAGCUUCAAGCAAGUGCCGGUGGCGUCACAACCACCAGCUGCAACGCCCCCACCACCACCUACUACAGCGCCAACUGGUGUUCCAGUUCAGAAAACUCGCGCGAGCAGCGCCACAGACUCUGCCGACCCGCCUGUCAACACGAUUCCCCCGCAGUUGUCGCGCGCCACCAUACCUCCCGUGACAACCAGCCCACCGCUACCCCCCGAACCGUCCGAGGCCGACAUGGAACUGUACCGCCGUCAGCAAGCGCGACUCCACGAACUGCACGAAACAGAGCGCGUGAAGCGGGAAAAGGCAGAAGAAGCGGACGCCCUGCGAAGACAUUUGCACGCGUCUGUGGCGCAGUGGGCCGUUGGCAAGCCCCUCCUGGGUCUUCUCAACUCGCUCGAUCAAAUUCCCGAGCUCCAAGGAAUCGUCGACUGCGCCGCGAUCGUUGCCACCAACGACCCCGACAGCAUCAAGAAGGGGUACCGAGCUCUCAUUCGAGUCAUUCACCCAGACAAGUUGAGGAAUGCCUCGAUACCGCAACAACUCGUAGCAAACGAAGUCUUUACUGUCGUCACGCAGGCCUUCGACGGCUUCAAGCAGUGGACCACGUAGCUUAAUUGGCCAACACGGUGAAACUGCCUGUCAAA